UCAAAGCGCCAAUUUGAAAUGUUUACUUUCUUUUCCAAGCAACAAAUUGAUUCUCUGUCAUUCAAGUAACACAACACACGUUUCUCAUUUAAAUUAAAAUCACUUAAUUGUAAAACAAUGGACUCCGACAAGGAAACGACCUUUUCUACAACCCUGAGUAACUACAAAUCUCAAUGCGCUAAAUGGUUAAACAAAAUGAAGAAAUCGAAAGAAGAAAAAUUGAAUGAUUUGACUAGUCCAAAAUUCAAAUUAUCAUUUAAUCAUCUUUUCCCUAAGCCUGAAGACUCACCUGAAACACGUGAAGAGAAAUUUGAAGCUCUUGCUAACACUUGGAGGCCUGGAAUUGAUUUGAUCGCCUUAACCAGAGGUCCUUUAAUCACCAUGAGUGUGGCUUCUUUUACACAAUUACCUUUUCUAUUUGCUGUUCGUAAAUAUUUAAAGGUAGUUUCAUUCAAUAAAUUUAUGGCUGUUACAUCUUCGGUCGCAAUGGCCGCUGGUGCAUCUUUUUUGAUCACAAAUCAACAACUAGACACAAUUAUCCGAGGUGAAGUUAAUUGUGCCGAAUGUCACCUCAUAAGAACCGGUGCUUAUCAAUUCCUUUUCAGUUCGGCUUUUCCCUCAUCCAGUGCCAUCUUUAUCUCCAUUCUAAGUGCCCUUAACAAUCCCGGUAUUCCUCUUCCAAUCGAUGUUCUAGAUCGAUGGGCAUCAACCAAAGAAGGAAUCAAAAUAGUGAGCAGAUCACUUUUCAAGCGAAAUCUUCUCCUAGGAUUUGCUGCUUUAUCGAUUUUAAAUAUCUCCACCGGAAUCGCAGUUAUUUACUUUGCAAUGAAACAAUAUCACGAUGUUCAUGUUGCCUUAUUAGCAGAAAAUUCCCAAAAAAUAGUAAUCUAAUUUUAAAUUGCAACAAACAAAAUUCACAACCCAAAUCUCGUUAAAAAAACGACUGUAUAGAUGUUUAGGUCAUUUAAAUUAAAUUGUAUUUGUUUGCAGCAAAAUUGAAAAUUUGCUGUUUGCAAAACCAAAUUAGCAAACUAAAUUGUUUUCUAAUGAAAAAGCAAUAACAAAUCAGUUGAUUGUUACCCAACGGAUGAGAGGAAUACUCAAGGAUAAUGAAAAAUAUCAAGGAUCGAUAAAGGUGCUGGUUAAUCAAUUGGAAUUCAAAAAAUGUCAAAAUUAAAAGGUAACGAUUAAGUUAAUUGUUAACCAAUGGAUUUGCUGUUUUCCAAAAUCAAAUGUGUUUAUGGUGAAAAAGGAACACGAGUUACAAUCGUUAAUUAUAAUGAGAACCAGAUGCUGGACCAGCUUCCAAAAAGAUGAUCUAUUCACUUUCUUUUCUCUUUCUUCUCUUUCUUUCUUCUGCUCCUGUGGACACUCGAGCAGAUGUUAGAACAUCUUAAACUCGACUCGUUCCACCGACAUCUGGAUAACCACCCACCCUCUUCAUCUCUUCAUCUUCUCUCCUCCUUUGCCUUCUCUUUCUCUUCUUUCUUUUUCUUUCUCUCUGAAGUUUUGAGCGAGUGCCACAUCCAUAUGUUAGAAGAAGAUAAAGGAAGGAAGUGAGAGAGAGAGAGAGAGAGAAAAA